AUGUACGUGAGCUACCUCCUAGACAAGGACGUGAGCAUGUACCCCAGCUCCGUGCGCCACUCCGGCGGCCUCAACCUGGCACCGCAGAACUUUGUCAGCCCCCCGCAGUACCCGGACUACGGUGGUUACCACGUGGCGGCCGCGGCUGCUGCUGCGGCGAAUUUGGACAGCGCUCAGUCGCCAGGGCCAUCCUGGCCCACCGCAUACGGCGCCCCUCUCCGCGAGGACUGGAACGGCUACGCGCCUGGGGGCGCUGCUGCGGCCAACGCUGUAGCCCACGGUCUCAACGGGGGCUCCCCGGCCGCCGCUAUGGGCUACAGCAGCCCCGCCGACUACCACGCUCACCAUCACCCGCAUCACCACCCGCACCAUCCGGCUGCCGCGCCGUCUUGCGCCUCCGGCUUGCUGCAAACACUCAACCCCGGCCCUCCAGGGCCGGCAGCCACCGCCGCCGCCGAGCAGCUGUCGCCCAGCGGCCAGCGGCGAAACCUGUGCGAGUGGAUGCGGAAGCCCGCGCAGCCCUCCCUGGGAAGCCAAGUGAAAACCAGAACGAAAGACAAAUACCGAGUCGUGUACACAGACCAUCAGCGGCUGGAGCUGGAGAAGGAGUUUCAUUACAGUCGAUACAUCACCAUCAGGAGGAAAGCUGAGCUGGCGGCCACACUGGGGCUCUCGGAGAGGCAGGUUAAAAUUUGGUUUCAGAACCGAAGAGCCAAGGAAAGGAAAAUCAACAAGAAGAAACUGCAGCAGCAGCAGCAGCAGCAGCAGCAGCAGCCGCCGGCCCCACCUCCUCCACAGCCCUCGCAGCCUCAGCCAGGUGCCCUGAGGAGCGUGCCGGAGCCCUUGAGUCCUGUGUCUUCCCUGCAAGGCUCGGUGCCUGGUUCUGUCCCUGGGGUUCUGGGGCCAGCUGGAGGGGUGUUAAACCCCACUGUCACCCAGUGACUCCUCCCAUGGUCUGUAGCGGCGGCAGAGCAAUUCCAGGCUGAGCCAUGAGGAGCGUGGACGCUGCUAGAAUCCUCCGAAGAGACCUCUCUCUUCCCACCCACAAAUAAUACCUACAGAUGAAGAAUGGGGACAGAAGUUAGGACAAGUGGGAUUGCGGGCCUCAGGGGAAGAUAUGGUUCAAAUUUUUUUCACUCUUUUUCAUUCUUACUCUUCCUGUCAGCGAUGACAGAGGAAGUGACCUCUGGGGCUUCUCCAUGCUCCCUGCCAGGACUGGCUACAGGCACCAACCAAGCCUUCAGCCUCUUCUGCCCCAACUCUUUGCCAACAACAAUGGACUGCAUUUCUCAUUGGAGCUGAGGAAGGAGUGAGGCUGGGGGAUGAGAAAUACUUGAGUCAAGAUGGCUGUUUCCUGCCGACUGCUUUCUGAGAACCAGCUGGCCGUCCAGCCUCAGGGCCAGGGACAGUUCAAACUGCAUGAGCCAGAGGCAGCUGCGGGAGAAGGCUGGACUAACCGAAGUCUGCAGAACCCCCAGGUGGUCUGGGCUUUCUGCUCCCUCUACAGACCAGGAAGGGGUUGGUGGGCUCAGGGACUGAGGUGAAAGGAGGGGGUGGUUAGCCAACUCCAGGCCCCUGCCGACAAGGGCUUGUUUGGAAAGCCUGUCACCAGAGCUGCUGGAGGCUGAAUGUAUGUCUGUGUUGUAAAUGCCAGAGCCAACCUGGACUUCCUGUCCUUUCCCUCGUCUCUGGCUGGUGAAGAACGGAGGUGUUGCAGCGGUUGGCGUUCUUGAUCUGUGUAACAAACUAAGCCAGCCUUUCAAAAAGCCAUGGGUAGAGAAGCGAUGUGUGGUGAAGGGAAGUGGGGGUAU